AUGGGUUUUGGAGGAGUUCAAAAUAACCCUACCAUCUCCGUUCUUCUUAUCACUAUGCGAACCGGAGCAGUUGGACUCACCCUUACCGUGGCAACACAGGUUCAUAUCAUCAAACCACAGUGGAACCCGUCAGUCGAAGACCAAGCUAUUGCGAGAGCCCUUCGGAUGGGCAGACAAAUAGUGUGA